UAUGCAAUGCCAGAGUGCUGGUCAUUGAUGUGUUUUUUAAAUCAUUGGUUCAUUGGUUAUAACUAAAAUAUUGAACAAGAGAUUCCUGAAGAGAUUCCUGCGAAUAGGAAGAGGAAAAUGGAGGGAGAGUGGCACCAUUUCCAUUAUACAGUUGCAGUUGCAAUCUUUAUGGGGGCAUCUUUUGCCAUUGCUCUGAUUUUCAGGCGACAAAAAAUGUCAAAACUGCCGCCUGGAAAUCUUGGCUGGUGCCCCUUCUUGGGCCGAACCCUCGGCUUCGUCAACCCGCAUCCCUCCACCUCCAAUGGCCACUUCCUCGAUCAAAAUAUCAUCAAAUAUGGGAAGAUAUUUCGCAGUCAUUUGUUCGGGCACCGGACUAUUGUGUCAUGUGAUCAAGAGUUUAACAAUUUUGUGCUGCAAAAUGAAGAUAGGUUCUUUGUUAGCAGUUACCCUGCAAAUAUCCCUGGCAUUCUCGGGCGUUUGACACUGCUUGUGGCAACUGGAACUGUCCACAAGAGGCUCAGAGCAGUGGCUCUCAGCCUCUUUGCUGCCAUAAGGAAUGAGCAACAAACAUUUCUCGACGACCUGCAAAAUUGCGCUCUCCUCCUCGUGAAAUCAUGGAAGAAUACAGAAACCAUCAUCUUUUGCAACGAAGCUCGAAAGUAUACCUUUACAGUGAUAGUGAAGGAGAUAUUGAGCUUGAAAGCAGAUGAUCCAGAAACCUCCAUGAUCCUGGAAAACUUCUUGACUUUCAUGAAGGGUCUAUGUUCUAUCCCCAUCAAACUCCCCGGAACCGCGUAUGAAAUGGCCAUACAGUCGAGGCGAAGGAUAUUUGAGAUUGUGAGGACAAUUGUAAGGAGGAGGAAAAACACAGGAGAUCAUGGAGAAAGGAAGAGGAAGGACUUUUUGGAUGUGAUGAUGGAGAUGGAAGGGAUUAGUGAGGAUGAGAUACUGAGUUUAGUGAUGGAUCUUUUGCUUGGAGGCCAUGAAACCACUGCAAUGCUCAUCUCAAUCCUUGUCAAAUGCCUCUCUGAAUCUCCUCCUGCUCUACACCAACUCAGGGAGGAGCACAGAGGAGUGAGAAAGAGAAAGGAAAAGGGAGAGGGGUUGAUGUGGGAAGAUUACAAGAAUAUGAAGUUUACUCAGAUGCUAAUAAAGGAGGGCCUGCGUUAUGGGAACGUGGUCAAGUUCGUUCACAGGAAAGCCCUCCAAACAAUCAACUUCAAAGGGUACGAGAUUCCAAAGGGUUGGAAAGUGCUUCCCAUACUUAGUGGCGUGCAUUUGGAUGCCUCCCAAUACCACGAACCGUUACAAUUUAAUCCAUGGAGAUGGCAGGGCAAGGAUAAGAGAGGAGAAUUGUAUGGUAAGUAUUUCAUGGCUUUUGGGGGAGGAUUGAGGCUGUGCCCCGGGUCAGAGCUGGCCAAGCUGGAGACGGCCAUCUUUCUUCAUUAUUUUGUUCUCAAUUUCGAAUGGACCCCUUUGAACCCUAAAGAUGUACCCAUGGCCUUUCCAUUUGUGGAUUUCAAGCAUGGCCUCCAACUUUCACUAAAACCAUUGUCCCAUCCCACUACCACUUUAUCCUCUUAAAAUAAUAAUAUUAAAGGAUUGUUAAUUCCUUUUCCUCCUUCUAUAUCAAUCAAUCUCCUUUCUACAUUACAAGGAAACUUCCAUUUUGAAGUUUUCAUACGCUUUGGCUUACACACUUCUUCUUCUUCUUCUUUGUCCUGUC